UGUGACGCCUAGUCUCCGCCCAGCUGCCUGCGUGACGCGAGGCCCCGCCCCUGACCUCUUAUUGUGACGCUGCUGGGUCCUACUGCUUAGUCAUUGUGACUGCUCCGGAACAUGGCGGGGGCGGCGGGCAGAAGAUCCGGAGGCCGAUAUCAAGCACAGACUGAACUAAUGAUGGUUUCCUGGAUUUUCCUCAGCUGGACUCAGCAACACGGACUGUACAUCUGAGUGUAUUAUCCACCCGGAGUACUUCCCAGCUUACGCUGGCCAAUCUAUGGAUGUCUGCAGCCAUUUCUCGUUGGGUCACAUUUUCUUGACUUUCAAUAUGUCUCCAACCAUUCUCCCAAAAUGUAAUCCCACGGUGGUUUUAUCCGGAGAAGAUUAAUUAUUGGCCACUAACUUUUUUUUUUUUAUGUUCACUUUUUUGUGUUUAUACUCAAAAGCCUUUAAAAAACAAAACAAAAAAAACCAAUAGAAAAUACAAGUAAUUUAUUUUUCUUUCCUGGACAAUGUGCAGCUAAAGACUGUUUGUAAGCGCGGAGGGGAUGUAUGCCACGGAGUGCCAGGCUGAAGUCACGCCCUCGGGCAACAAUGGCAACCGCCAGUUCCAGUACUCGCUGGCGGAUCACACCAAUCAGGCUUUCAAGAUAAUGAACGAGCUGAGGCUCGGGCAGCAGCUGUGUGAUGUGACGCUGCGAGUGACGUACAACGAGAUACAGACGGACUUUGUGGCCCAUAAAAUCGUGCUGGCUUCCAGCAGCCCCGUCUUCAGAGCCAUGUUCACCAAUGGGCUCAAGGAGUGCGGCAUGGAGACUGUGACCAUUAAAGGGAUUCACCCCAAAGUCAUGGCACGGCUCCUGGAGUUUGCGUACACGGCCAGCAUCUCCGUGGGGGAGAAGUGCGUCAUACACGUGAUGAACGGCGCGGUCAUGUAUCAGAUGGACAGUGUGGUCAAGGCCUGCUGUGACUUCCUCAUUCAGCAGCUGGACCCAAGCAAUGCCAUUGGCAUUGCCAGCUUUGCCGAGCAGAUAGGCUGCCAGGAGCUGCACCAGAAGGCUCGGGAAUAUAUAUACAUGCACUUUGGAGAGGUGUCCAAGCAGGAGGAGUUUUUCAACCUGUCCCGUUGCCAGCUGGUCAAUCUCAUCAGUCGGGAUGACCUGAACGUACGCUGCGAGUCUGAGGUCUUCCAUGCUUGUAUAAACUGGGUCAAGUAUGACUGCGAGAACCGGCGGCCCUUCAUCCAGGCGCUCCUGCGUGCCGUGCGCUGCCAUUCCCUGACCCCCAACUUCCUUCAGCUGCAGCUUCAGCGCUGUGAGAUCCUGCGCGGGGACACCCGUUGUCAGGACUACUUGUCCCAGAUCUUCCAGGACCUCACCCUUCACAAGCCCACCAGGCUUCAACAAGACAGGAUCCCCAAUGUUCCUCAGUUCAUCUACGUGGCUGGUGGCUACUUUCGACACUCGCUCAACUUCCUGGAGGCGUACAACCCGAUGGAGGGGGAGUGGCUUAGCUUGGCUCCCUUGGAGUUGCCGCGCAGUGGGCUCGCAGGAUGCGUUCAGGGGGGUCUCUUUUAUGCAGUGGGAGGCCGCAAUAAUGCCCCCGACUGCAAUGAGGACUCUGAUGCCAUGGACUGCUACAAUCCCAUGAACAACCAGUGGUCACCUUGCGCUUCUAUGAGCGUGCCCAGGAAUCGGGUGGGUGCCGGCGUCAUAGAUGGACAGAUUUAUGCAGUGGGUGGAUCUCACGGGUGCCUGCAUCACAACAGCGUGGAGAGGUAUGACCCUGAGAGAGAUGAGUGGCAGCUUGUAGCACCAAUGAAGACGCGGAGGAUUGGAGUGGGCGUGGCAGUGCUGAACAGGCUUCUCUACGCUGUCGGUGGCUUUGACGGGACAAACAGACUGAGCUCUGCGGAGUGUUAUUACCCGGAGACGGAUGAGUGGAAGGACAUCGCCGCUAUGAACGUCGUGCGCAGUGGCGCAGGGGCGUGUGCUCUUGAUACAAGCAUGUACGCAAUGGGCGGCUAUGAUGGGAGGGACCAGCUGAACAGUGUGGAGAAAUACGAUGUGGAGAAAGACCACUGGAGUUUUGUGGCCCCAAUGGCACACCGUCGGAGUGCACUUGGGGUCACCGUCCAUCAAGGAAGAAUCUAUGUACUAGGUGGAUACGAUGGGAACACUUUUUUGGACAGUGUGGAGUGUUAUGACCCCGCCCAGGAUGUAUGGACAGAGGUGACCCAUAUGUUGUCGGGGCGCAGUGGCGUGGGAGUGGCAAUCACCAUGGAGCCAUGCCGCAAAACUCCGUGCGGGGGCCUCUUCCCGGAGAAAUCGAGAGAUGAGAACCCGCAGGACAGACUCCGAGGCGAAUGCAUCUUCUCGAAAAGCUGCAAAAAGUAGCAAAGGGGGUCGGACGUUCAACAAAACGUAGACAAGAGCUCAGUGUUAAAGAACAUUUUGGGUAAUUUCUUUUAUUCUACCUUGAGGGUAAAGCGUUGUUCCUGCAGUACAAUGAAAUAAAAUCCCAGGUGCCAUGGAAGUGUAAGAUACCGUCAUUACUGUGCGACUCUGCCUUUCCUACCAGUGAGACUUCCACUAUUCAUAAAUUGACGCCGAUCUUGUGUAUAUUAAGGUUUCAAGUUUUUCUCUUGUUUUUUUGUAUGUUUGCUGGAAUGGUGAAUUCGGCCGCGGCAAUAACUAGAAAUGUACUAGAAGUAAUUUGGGCUGGAACAUAUAAAUGAUCUUAAAGGGCAAUCUCACACACACCCACCCACACGCGCGUGGCUGGAUUUAAUGAUAGCCGAGAUCACCGGAGGUGCUGGCCGAUGUCGGCCAUUUUUUUUAAAAGGGGCGAUGCCUCUUUAAAAAAAUGUCUGAGCACCUCCAGCGAUCUCGGUCGUCAUUAUAUACGGCUCAUAAUCUCAUAUGCGUGUGCAGCUGGAAGGCAAAAUAUUUCUUUUAAAUGUAUUAUUCAAAUAAAUCUGAUUUGUGUUUUCCAGGUUACAAUACUUCUCGAAUUUCCAGGGCAGUAAAAUAGAAUACAAAUUAAAGAAAAAAAAAAAUCCCACAAAUUCUCCCACUGUGAAAGUUUAAUGUCCUAUAGUGUCCUACUUUCCGGGAGAAAGAGGCCGUUCUCUUGGCCCAAACGACUUAUUAAUACCAAUUUGAAAGUCUUCAAUGGCUUUUAGUAUACCUGCCUAUGCCAGAUAGCAAUAACUGGUCAUUAUAGGUAAGUGACGGUAUAAAUACUUAAAUAAUAAGUAAGCGUACAGUUUAAGCUUUAUAAUCUGAUUUAGAAUGGAAAACAAUGCAGUAUUUGUCUGUUAUCCUUGGGUCAUGAAGAUAUUUGGGGAGAGAUUUACUAAGACUUCUAAAAAGAAAAAGUAGAAGAGUUGCCCACAGCAAUGAAUCCGAUUCUACAGUAGCUGUGAUUUACCUUGUACAUCCUAGAACAGUGAUGGCUGGAAUCUGAUUGGUUGGGUUUUUUUUUUUUUUUCUCUUAAUAAAUUUGAUAAUCUCCCCUCAGUCAGUGGUUAUAAGUUCUCUAUACUAAUGUACUCGGUGACAUGUAUCCCCAGGGUUGAAUACUGUCUCACAUUGGAGUAGAUGUAUGAAGCAGUGAGAAGAUUGGGGAAGUGUGCCCUAGCAACCAAUCAGCUGCUAUGUAUCAUUUUAUUAAUGCACUUGCUCAAUGUUUCUUCAAAGCUGAUUGGUUACCAUGGCACACUUCUUCACUCUGAUCACUGCUUCAUACAUAUCUACCCUAUUCUAUAAAGUAUUUAACAUGAUAAAGUUCCCUGGUGAAGUGAGAGUGGGAUAACGGCUGUUUGGCACGUCGCUAGCUUAGUGAGAUGUUACCGUAUAGGAAAUGACAACAAGAUAUUUCCCCAUUACAGAUGCACUUUAACAAAACCCCAUAAAACAAAACAAAACACACCCUAUAUUUACCCUCCUAAUUUUGUGACUGUCCUACAUUUUUCCUUUUGAAGUCUGUGAUUUAAAAAUUGAAGUAUUCUUGUUAAAUGUUAUAGGUGAAUGUAUAUAUUUGAAAUAUUAUUUAAUUUUAUUUUGUAUAUCCUUGACAAAUAUGUAUUGCUCUUUCAGUCAAUUCUCAGAAGUCUGUAACAAACACUCGCUAGGAUCAGGUGGGCAUUAAAAUAUAUAGGACAAGUGGUGGUGGUGGUGGGUGGGGGGGAUUUUCCCAACAUCGAGAGCCGUGGAAAGGGGCAAAUGUUGUAUAAAAUGACAAAUCGGAAAUAUUCUACUUGUUAUUCUGAUGCUCUGUACAGAUAUUCUCCGUAUUUACCAGCAGCCUGCCCUCCCGGUACCCUGUCUGUGCUGACAUUUCACCUGUCACUAAGCCAUUCCCCCUGUGGCCUCCUAACCGUCUCUCCCCACAGCCUAACCCUCCGUGGUGGCGCCUGAACCUAAUCCUCUCUCCCUGCAGCCUAACCCUAACCUUCUGUGGUGGCGCCUGAACCUAACCUUCCCUCCCCUGCAGCCUAACCCUAACCCACCCCGGCGCCUUACCUCUGGCAGUCUGGAAGAGCGAUAGGUCAGGAUCUCGGCGCCGGUGUUGUGUACUUUGUUGGGAUGCCGGCACCGGCAUUCCGAGACGUGUUGUGGAUUCAGCAUCAGCAUUUUGACCGCCGGUAUCCCGACCGGACCACAUUUAUAGUAUGUAUAUAGAAAAUGGCCAAUUUAUAAUGCCCAUGCUCACCCCUCUAGCCAUGUUGGAUCUCCUGUAAACCUAGGCGUUGCUUACAUAGAUCUAACCGCCAUGGGCACUGCCUACAAGUGAACCGUACCUUGAUAAUACAGUUGUUUCUAGACCAGUUCUACGUUUUGUUUUUUUGGGGUUUUUUUUUUUUAGUUCUUGCCAAGAGCCCUAAACCCUGAAUGUUUAUACAGAACUGUAUGUAAUGUACAUAUUUACAGAUAUAUAUAGCACUUAUUUUAACUAGUUACAUUUUAUUUUCCAUGAGCUGCAAUGCUGCUUUUAAUACAAUGUGUAUAUAGAUCUCUCUGUAUACUGGCACGGUCCGUGUGACCUGUGUAUUGUACAGCUCUAUUUUAUUGGCAACGUUCACCUGUAAUUUAACUCUGUUUUCAAUAUAAACCUGUAAUUUAAUGAAA